UGCAGCAGCUCCUCAACGGCGCAAUGCGUGUUCUAAAGAAGAUGAAGUCGGAAACGUCGCUAACCAUUGACGAGAGCAAUGCCAACGGCAUCGUGCCUUUUAGACCGCGUCAUUUCUACGACAAUAUACGAUUCGCGCUGAUCUUGUCCCAGUUUUUCGGCUUGAUGCCGUUGCAAGGAAUCAGCAAAAACGUGCAGGAUGUCAAGUUCAAGUGGGUCAGUUUCCGAAUGGUGUACGCCUCGGUGCACGUGGGAUGCGUUUUGGCCAUGGCGAUCGCUUGUAUAGUUAAGUUGGCGGUCUAUGGAUUUGUGAUCGACGAAACUGCUGUAACAUGCUUUUAUAUAUCAAAUACUUUCGCUGCAGUACAUUUCAUAUAUUUGGCGAUGAGGUGGCAGGGAAUCCUUAAAGAAUUCUCCUAUGUGGAGAUGUCAAUGAGGGACUAUGCAGUUAAUAAAAACGUCAGAAGGACAAAUAUUCUGAGAGCAACAUCGUUCAUGUUCUUUGGAUUAAUAGAGCACGUUUUUUUCAUACUCACGAACGUACAGUCCAGUUUUACUUGUGAAAAUUUCAAGAAAUAUCCAGUUGAAAUAUAUUUUGGUUCUGCUUUUCCACAAUGGUUUAAAUUACUUGGAUAUACACAUUGGACCGCUGUUCUAGUGGAGUUCACUAAUAUUGUUAGCACCUUUACCUGGAAUUUUACUGAUCUCUUUAUCAUCCUAAUCAGUGUAUCUCUUAGGGAGAAAUUUAAUCAAAUAUCUAGCAGGAUAAAGCAAUAUAAGAAUCCACCAACAAAAUUUUGGAAAGAAAUUCGGGAAGACUACUAUAAAGUUUCUUACUUGACCAAAGUAGUAGAUGUUCAAAUUGCCAGUCUAGUUCUAAUAUCCUUUUUAAACAACAUAUUUUUCCUUUGCAUUCAGCUAUAUAAUAGCAUAAAAGAGAGGGAAGCUAUUAUUGAGAGCGUGUACUUUUUCUAUUCGUUUGGAUUCAUCGUUUUUCGGGUGGUAGCUGUUUCUCUUUAUUCGGCAACUUUAAACGAAGCAGCUAGGAAGCCACUAAAAUAUUUGUAUUCUCUACCUACAGAAAACUAUACCACUGAUGUAAGUCGACUUAUUACUCAAAUAAACUAUUUGCCCAAUGGUAUUACGGGACAUGGUUUUUUUCUGAUAACCAAAAAUUUUCUUUUGCAAGCAGCGGCAACUGUUGUAACUUUCGAGCUAAUGAUUUUUCAGUUUUCUCCUGCUAUGAAAUCAAAAUAUUCAUCAAAUUCAACACAUAAUGAAACGAUUUGUAUAAAAUAACUUUUAUUAUAUUUAUUUUUGUAUUUAUAUAAAAUAUCAGCAAUAGAGAUAUUAGAUAUAUACAGUGAUGGGGCAGUAGGUAAGUCCCAAUGGGUAGGUAAAUAAUAUUUGGGUAUAUACUUGGUAUAUGAACAGAAGGUGUAGGGUAUAGAUAUACCCAUUGAGGAAUAGUGUAGAUCUAUUCCUGGUAUAUUAGUUAUUGUAUAUAUUACCGGUGGUCGAGGAAUCCUCUUAUAAAAUUAAGAUAUUUAUCAAAAUUGUAACGCCGGCGUUAUGCUGAAGUGUUUUUGAGAGAAUGUAUUUGCUAUUGUGAACUCUUAUGUGCAUUCUUUGAGUAACUGAUGGUUUUCUAACCAUUUAUUCUUAGAUAUUUUUUAUGCUGUAUUUCACAAUAAAUUAUUGUUAAAAUUUUUUGUCAGUAUAGGUACCUUAAAUUAACAUAAUAAGUGGGUAUAUACCGGGUAUAUUGCGGGUAUUUGCCCAUAUUCAAAAAUGUACCCUGUAUGUACAUACUGGGUUUAUACUAGGUAUAUAUACCCGGCCACAACUUAAGUAUUUACUCAAAUUUCAAUAUACCGGGUGUU